CUCCUUUUCCUGCCUCGGCGGAACUGCUGUGCGGGUCAGCUGACAUAGCUGUGGACCACAAGGAACCAUCUGUGGUGUGAACCAGGCACCCACUACUUCGAGCCUGAAGUGGAGGCCGAGCGGGGGGGACUGACUGGUGGCGUCCGUGACAGAACGAGGGCUGAGUUUGAUUUCAUCAUGGCCUGUUGGGUCUGAGAAGCAGCCAUAAUGAUUGGAGGAUUGUUCAUCUACAACCACAAGGGGGAGGUCCUUAUCUCUCGGGUCUACCGAGAUGAUAUAGGGCGCAACGCAGUGGACGCGUUCCGCGUGAACGUGAUCCAUGCGCGGCAGCAGGUCCGCUCGCCGGUGACCAACAUCGCCCGCACGAGUUUCUUCCAUGUGAAGCGCUCCAACAUCUGGCUGGCAGCUGUCACCAAGCAGAAUGUCAACGCCGCCAUGGUGUUCGAGUUCCUGUACAAGAUGUGCGACGUCAUGACGGCCUAUUUCGGCAAGAUCAGUGAGGAGAACAUCAAGAACAACUUUGUGCUCAUCUACGAACUGCUCGACGAGAUUCUGGACUUUGGCUACCCUCAGAACUCAGAAACUGGAGCUCUGAAGACCUUUAUCACUCAGCAGGGCAUUAAGGGACAGCACCAGACAAAAGAGGAGCAGUCUCAAAUCACCAGCCAGGUGACAGGGCAGAUUGGCUGGCGUCGCGAGGGCAUCAAAUAUCGCCGUAAUGAACUCUUCCUGGAUGUAUUGGAGAGCGUCAACCUACUGAUGUCACCACAAGGCCAGGUCCUGAGUGCUCAUGUGUCGGGCCGAGUGGUGAUGAAGAGCUACCUGAGCGGAAUGCCUGAGUGCAAAUUCGGCAUGAACGACAAGAUCGUCAUCGACAAGCAGGGCAAAGGAGGAGCGUCCGACGAUGCUGGGAAGAGUGAUUUAGGGGGAGGAAGCGGGAAGCAGUCCAUCGCCAUCGACGACUGCACCUUCCACCAGUGCGUGCGCCUCAGCAAGUUCGACUCGGAGCGCAGCAUCAGCUUCAUCCCCCCUGACGGAGAGUAUGAGCUCAUGAGGUAUCGCACCACUAAGGACAUCAUCCUUCCGUUCCGCGUCAUCCCUCUGGUCCGUGAGGUUGGCCGCACUAAACUGGAAGUGAAGGUGGUCAUCAAGUCCAACUUCAAACCAUCACUAUUGGCCCAGAAGAUUGAGGUCCGCAUCCCAACGCCCCUCAACACCAGUGGGGUGCAGGUGAUUUGCAUGAAGGGAAAAGCCAAAUACAAGGCCAGUGAGAACGCCAUCGUCUGGAAGAUCAAACGCAUGGCUGGAAUGAAGGAGUCUCAGAUCAGCGCUGAGAUCGAGCUGUUGCCGACCAACGACAAGAAGAAAUGGGCUCGACCCCCCAUCUCCAUGAACUUUGAGGUCCCGUUUGCCCCGUCUGGCCUCAAGGUGCGCUACUUGAAGGUGUUCGAGUCCAAGCUCAACUACAGUGACCACGACGUGAUCAAAUGGGUGCGCUACAUCGGCCGCUCGGGCAUCUACGAGACUCGCUGCUGAAAUGGAACGUCACCCCCCUGCGCGCAGCCACCCCAUCCAUCCUCUUACUGAAUUUCUCAGUUCCUCUUUGUCUCCUCUCCCAUUUAUUCUUAGAGCUCCUCUCAUAUACCCCCUCCUAACUAGGUGUUGGAGAUUGACUUUACAUCAUUUAAAACAAAAAUAAAUAUGGCAUAAUGCACAGAUAUAUGCAAAUUGUGAACUAUUGUAUCGUACAUCUCGUAGUGAUGAGUAAAGCAGGGGUGAUCGCAGGUGCACCAAGGGGGCUCUGUUGUGUUCAUUCAGUGUUAUUGUUAUCCACUCUCUAAAUAGACUUUUAUUAGUCCCGCACCACUUUAACUUGAGAAUUCUCUCUGGUAAGAUGACAUGUAGAUGUUGUGGGUUCACAUGAAUCUUGGUAUUGUUCUUGUGUAUGAGUAGUCCACCCUUCAAAUAAUUGCCCUUGUAUUGCUGACCACCUCAACGACGGUUUAAAUUGCUACUUUUGUCAUUCUGUAUUCAGUGAGGAAGAAGAGGACAUUCCAGACAGGCUUGAUGAGCUAAGUUAGCUGUUGACCCCGCCCCCCCAACCACCCCUUUUCUUUUUCUUUUUUUGAAUUUUUUUUUUUUUAACUUUAAAAAGGAAAACAAAUCUUCCUAAAUGUAUCGAAAGCACUAAGACAAACUUCUUCCAGUGUUAGAUGGAACACUUUCUUGAAAGAAAGAUGUGUUGGGGAAAUCGGGCCUUCCCUGCAGUGUGGUUUAGAGGUGAGGUCUCCCCCUGGUGUUUACCUUUCCACUGUUUGCUUCAUAUUUGUAGCCCUGGUGACCGUUCUGUCCAAUAAAAUCUGACAAUGUA